AUGUCUCUUUUAACCGAUACGAUUGUUGUAACAAUCUCUCAAAUUGUAUUUUUCGUUGGUGGUUGGCUAUUUUUUGUUCGUCAACUUUGUCGAAAUUAUGAUGUACGAAAUCGAAUAGUAAUUCUUUCGUUUGCUUUAACAUUUGCAUUAAGUUGUACAAUGUUUGAAUUGAUUAUAUUUGAAAUUCUUGCUUUAUUACAACCAGCAUCACGAUAUCUACAUUGGCGUAUUGGUCUUUAUUGUAUGCUGUUUCUUCUUGUAUUCUUAAUCCCAUUUUAUAUUGCUUAUCUAUUAUUAAAUACAGUUAAAAUUGUUCGAGAUUUUCGUCUUGUACUAUUUUUCACAUUGAUAGCAUGGUGUUUUUAUUUAUAUAUGUUUUGGAAACUGGGUAAUCCAUUUCCGAUUUCAAAUCGGCAUGAAUUCUUUAGUAUUGAACAGUGUAUAAGUCGAGUGGGGAUUAUCGGUGUUACAGCUAUGGCUAUUCUAAGUGGUUUUGGUGCUGUCAAUUGUCCCUAUACAUAUAUGACAUAUUUUAUUAAACCUGUUACUGAUAAAGAUAUAAGUGAUGCUCAAAAACGUUUGAAACAAGUCAUGGAAAUUGUUGCAACGAAAAAAAAGAAAGUUGCUUAUAUUGAAUAUGAAAAUUCACUUAAAUCAACAUUUUCUUCAUCAUUAAAUUCAAUGAAUAAUCGAUGGAAUUUUCUUCGUCGAACAUUAAAUUCAAGUUUUUCAUCUCAAUCAAAUUCAAAUUUAUCAUAUAAUCUUUCAACAAUCAAACAAGAUAUAUCAACUUAUGAAGAAAUCUCCUCACAAUUAUAUAGUGAUCUUGUUGAUUUACAAGCACUUCAACAACGUAUUGACUAUUCGAAAACAUUAAAAGGAAAAUAUUUUCAUGUCUUAGGACAUUUUUUUUCAUUAUAUUGUGUAUGGAAAAUUCUUAUUUCAUUUAUUAAUAUUAUUUUUAAUCGAGUAGGAAAAGUUGAUCCGGUGACACGAGGUAUUGAAUUAACAGUGCAUUAUUUCAAUCUACAAUUUGAUGUACAAUUUUGGUCUCAAUAUGUUUCAUUCAUAUUGAUUGGUAUUAUUGUUGUUACAAGUAUUCGUGGAUUAUUAAUAACAUUAACAAAGUUUUUCUAUUUUAUAUCGAGUAGUCGUUCAUCAAAUGUCAUCGUUUUAUGUCUUGCUCAAAUAAUGGGCAUGUAUUUUAUAUCUUCUGUACUUCUUAUUCGAAUGAAUAUGCCAGCACAAUAUCGGCAAAUUAUAUCUCAGGUUCUUGGAGAUUUACAAUUCAAUUUCUAUCAUCGAUGGUUUGAUUGCAUAUUUCUUCUUUCGGCGCUAUUUAGUAUCGGUAUUCUUUAUUUGCAUUAUCGAUCAUCACAACAGUCUAUUUCACUUUAUGAUAAAAAUGUUCAAAAGAUCUUCUUGAAAUUUAUACUUUUUAUUGGUAUAUUGGGAAGCACGAUACAAGCACAAGAAUCAAAAUGUCAACUGCUUGAAAAACCAGAUGAACUUGCUAAAUGUCUCCGUUAUAUGACAAACGCUGUUAUUGGAGCUGCAACCAACGAUCUAAAAAUGAUAUGUACUAUUGCUUCUGAUAUUGCAACGUGUGCAAAAAAGGAAAUAGCAUUUUGUCUGGCAGAAGAAAUUGGAAAAGCAACACUUGAUACAGUCAUUGAUCUAGCCGAUCAUUGUUGUCCAAAUAGAGAGCAUCCAAGAUGUCCAAUUCGAAGCUCAACGAUAAGCAUGCAACGUUGUUUUUCUGCCGAUUCUCUUGUUACUCUAUCCAAUGGCAAACAAAAAUCAAUUGCUCACUUACAAUCAGGUGAUGCACUUCUUGCUUAUAAUCAUAAAACAAAACAAAUCACCUCUACACAUCUCAUCACCAUGCUUGAUUUUCAACCACAUCAAUUUGCUAUAUUCAAACAAGUAACAACAAGCACAGGUCGACAAUUAUCAUUAACUUCAUCACAUCUUCUUCCAACUGAUGAACAUGAUUAUGUUAUGGCUAAGAAUCUUGAUAUUGGAAUGAAUAUCUAUGUGAUGAAUGAUGAUGGUGUCAUGAUUCGUGAAACAAUUUCCAAUUUGACAGAUGUUGUGAAACAAGGAUAUAUGGCUCCAUUAACAGAAGAAGGUACAUUAAUAGUGAAUAAUGUUGUUGUUUCAUGUUAUGCAACUAUCAAUAGUCAUUAUGGUGCUCAUAUAAUCUUGGCACCAAUGCGUUGGUGGUAUAGUUUGUUUGGAAUGUCAUCAAAUGAAAUGACUGGUAUUCAUUGGUUUCCAAAGAUGUUAUAUGAAGCAGCCAACACUCUCAUACCAUCCAUUAUUCAAAAAUAA